AUGAGUGCUUCGAUGUACAACUACUGGAACAAUCCGUCUUAUCAGUUUUACAACGAUUAUAUUAACAGUGAAAAUAAAAACAAUGUUUACCAAGGACAGUAUCCUCCAUACAGUGUUAAAGAAGAACCUACUUACAACAACUGCAGGUAUAAUCAACCGUAUUCGCCACAUAUGGAUAAUUCCUUAACGCCGCCACCUGCUUACAAUUAUAAUAAUUAUUAUCAAGAACAAGUUGCUUCACCUACAUCCACCACAUCCACCCCAACACCCCAACCUCAACCUUCUCCAAAGGAUGAUUCUCCAGCUUUAAGAGCUCUAUUAACAAAACCAGAAGGAAAAAAAGUAGCCUACGACUAUUUUAACCCCUAUCAAAAACCACCUUUCGAAGAUCACCACUUUAAACCUGCCCAGGUUAAUCAGGAUGAAGAAAGACAGAAUACGUCCCCGGUUAAGGAGCAACACGAUGAACUACAGCAACAAAGUGCGGCUGAUAACUUUGCGGACGCCCAAAACAAUUAUUAUCCAUGGAUGAAAAGUAAUGGUGAUAAAUCGGGCCAAGGAAGCAAAAGAACCCGCCAAACGUACACGAGAUACCAAACGCUGGAACUCGAGAAGGAAUUCCAUUCGAACAAAUACCUUACAAGACGACGAAGGGUGGAAAUAUCGCAGACCCUGUGCCUCACAGAACGUCAAAUUAAAAUAUGGUUCCAAAACAGGCGAAUGAAGGCGAAGAAGGACACAAAAUUCAUGAUGCCGCCGGAGUUUUCCAUGUCGGAGGAUGUUAAUCAAAAUUGCGGAUUUACCGGUCAAAUGUACCAAAAGUCCUUUUACGAGGAUGCAGGAGAAGGACAAAGCGAAGAGACUUCAACGGUAACCGCCCCGACAAACCUUUACAUUAAAAACGAAAUCGCGAUGCCUAUGACGCAAAUUAACAGUAUUCCAGGGCCGCCUUUAUCAUCACAUGGGCUCAUAAAUUAA